GAGAAAAAGAGAGAGAUAGAGAGAGAGGAAGGAGACGGAAAUGGCGGAUUCUAGCGGUUCCGUUUCCAUUGACAUGGAAACGAUCUCUCUUGGCGGAAAGGAGUACGUUAUUAAAACUCACUUUGGUUCUGUCUCUGUUGCUGUGUUUGGAGACCAAGACAAGCCAGCCCUUGUUACCUAUCCUGAUUUAGCUUUAAAUCAUAUCUCUUGUUUUCAAGGCUUGUUCUUUUGUCCAGAAGCAUGUUCCUUACUUCUUCACAACUUCUGCAUAUAUCAUAUAAGUCCUCCUGGGCAUGAGAGCAUUUGCAGUUGGGAGCUGCCCCAGUCAAUCCUAAUCACCAUUUGCUUUCAGUUGAUGACUUAGCUGAUCAGGUUGUUGAGGUUCUCAACUAUUUUGGGCUUGGUGCUGUCAUGUGCAUGGGAGUUACAGCUGGAGCAUAUGUUCUUACCCUAUUUGCAGUAAGUAAACUCCUGUUCAUGGGGCACAUUCUUUUCUUAUCCCUUUAUCAAAUAAAUACCAAAUAGUGUUUUACUUCUACAAUUUACUAGCUUGCCAUUUAUCUCAAUAGAUGAAGUACAGGCAACGGGUCCUUGGAUUAAUACUAGUUUCACCCCUCUGCAGAGAACCUUCAUGGACAGAAUGGUUGUUGAAUAAGGUUCCUUUUCUAAGCCUUUUGGUUUUCAUUUGAGGUUAAAUAAUCAUGUUCACAUAUGGGACCUGAUGUCAUUUGCAGGUGAUGUCAAAUUUACUUUACUUCUAUGGCAUGUGUGGAUUGGUGAAGGAUUUGUUGCUUAAGCGUUACUUUAGCAAGGAAGUUCGUGGUAGUGCUCAAGUACUGGAAUCAGAUAUAGUUCAGGCUUGCCGAAGACUGUUGGAUGAAAGGCAAAGCACAAAUGUUUGGCGAUUUCUCGAAGCACUUAACGGGUAAUGCCAGUCUCCAUGAUUCUUUUAAUGCACUUACAUGCGUCCCUUCUGCUUUGAUGUGCCCACAAGAUGUUUGUCCAGGCAGUCUUGCAGCCUCUGAUUUUGGGUAUUCAAGUCAAAUUUGAGAACAUGAGAGUGUAUAUGUUUGCAUCUUUAAAGUUGAUUAUGUCACAAGGAUGUCAUCCAUGGCAUGGGUCAAUUUCCUUCAGUGUACUUAAUUGGUGGAUUGCUUUCCCAGAAAAGCAUGUCUUAAAUGACGUAAUGCAUGUGUACAGAUUCAUUUACAGCUUUUCACUCACAAUAUAAUAUCUGCAUAUCUGCUGUCUGGCAGGAGACCUGACCUUACCGAAGGAUUGAGAAGCUUGCAUUGCCGCUCUCUAAUAUUUGUUGGAGAGAACUCCCCAUUCCAUUCUGAGGCUCUUUACAUGACAUCAAAAGUAGAUAGAAGAUAUAGUGCCUUAGUUGAGGUUCAAGCAUGUGGAUCGAUGGUAACGGAAGAGCAGCCCCAUGCCAUGUUGAUACCUAUAGAGUACUUUCUCAUGGGAUACGGCUUAUGCAGACCAACUUUAAGUGUCAGCCCGAGAAGCCCUUUGAGUCCCUCUUGCAUCUCUCCCGAGCUUCUCUCACCAGAAAGCAUGGGGUUGAAGUUGAAACCAAUUAAAACAAGAAUCUCUACUGUAGUCUGAGGAAGGCAAGUUUCUUUUUGAACAAAUUAUAAUGUGUAAGAUGUUUGUAACAUGUUUUGAUAAGUUGGAGACGUAAGAGAGCAUCAUUAGAAGGGUUGUAGAUAGAGAAAAGGGGAGGUAAUAUAUAGACAGAGGAGAGAUAUGCCAUUCUUUUAUUUGUCACAAACGUUAGUUGAGGCCAUGUUAUCUGUAAAUCCUCGGAAUAAUCAUCUACUAGGAAAAAGGCAAUAAUGAUAAUAAGGGGUGGGGAAUUUAUGCUUCAUUUUCUCUCAUUUCUUGGGUUAUGCCGUUAUGGUAUUUCAGCGAGUCCUAUAGCUAUCAGGCAUGGGAUUCAACUUUCCAGGAAAAUGUUUAUGAGACGAAAACAAAACUAAGAAUUAUUGCGACAGAGCAUUCUGAAAGGUUUUGCAGGCAAUCAGAUGGAACCAAUCCAGGAUUCUCCGGGCGGUUGGAGUGCUUUGAUAAGAGUUAGAGCAUUCUGAUACUGGAAAUGCUUCAAGUAAUGAUGGUUUGGACACCCUGUUGUAUGAGAUUUUGCCAUCAAUUAAUGGUGAAUAUACGGUAUAGCUUGUUGUAUAUACUCGUUAAAUACACCUUAUUGUUUUUCGAUUUUUCUAUCAUCCACAUGCCGGUGGUACCCCCUUUUUUUUUUUUCAAGGAUAAUUAUAAGGGAAAAGGAAAAAUGGGCCAACCCAUAUGUUGGAGAAGCACCAAUGACCUAUUAAAUGCAAAUAUUCAAG